AUGCUACAUGACGCCGCCGACGUGCCGAGUUUGCCUUUAGAUAUUUUGGAUACUUUCCAACCAAUGCAACAACAGCAUCAACAGUCUCCCUCUUUGUUCAGUAACCUUUCGGUCUCACCUGCAAUUAGCGAUGAGCUCGCUUUCACUCUGCGCCAUCCUCGUCUGGCCAGCGCUGCUGGUCCGGCUGCCAGCCGGGCUCUCCUGCGGGCCGGGUUUGCGGCUUGGACAGAGGCGCUAGCCCACUGCCUCGGCCGCAGUGCUGAUUUUCACAAUCCCAGCCUCGAUCUGGUUGGACAUGGCCGUCGACUGGCAGAUGUUCUCCUCAGUUGCCAUGUCGACAGUGCACUCUUCCAUCAGCUCACCACUGGCCUCACUGCCACAAACACUCAAGCCUUCCAAUUGUCCGACCAUCGAAAAGCCUCUUCCGAUUCUCACCACCCCAUUUCGACGUCAUUGUCAGCCUGCCUCAUGGCAACAGCUCACCCAUCGACCUCACCAACCGGCUGA